CAGUUUCAUUUUUUUUUUCAAAAUUCCAGCCCCCCUCUCGCCGGAAACUCGGCCUCUUCCUCUUCUCCUUCGAUUUUCCGGCCAUAACUCCCUCUCUCGACCUCCAAAUCACAAACCGCGAAAGCCCCCACGCUCCUGGCGUUGAGGAGCACAUUCCCCAAAGAUUUGGGCUUGUUUGGCCGAGGUUGGGUCGCAAGCGGCGAGUUCUCCGGCGAGUCUCCGGUGUGUUUUCCGGCGACUUAGGGUGUUUUCUUCCACUUUCUUCACCUCUCUCGUGGGUCUCUCCUUGCGUCUCCAGGUGUGUUCUCCUUGUCUUUUCUUUUAUUUCUGGAGAAUCGAUACCUAGAGUUAGGUGAAGAACUUGUGAUUGUGGCAUGAUUUGUGGAUGAUUGGGUAGGCCGAUGACGCUUUUUGCUUGUUCUAUUUUUGCCUCGGGAUUUCAGUUAUUCGGCCUACCAUUUGCAUGUUGCAUUGUAUGCGGGCUUGUGUGGUUUUUGUGUGUGGUGGAUCGAUUGGUGCUUAUUUAGUACGGUUUUGGUAUGCUUGUUUCACCGGGGGCCUAGUCCACUGUCCGAAUCGCUUGAUUUGAGGGUCCCCGGUGUGUUUUGUUGUGUAAUUCUCGUGUGAUGGGUAUGCUUGUUUCGCUGGGAGUCUAGUCCACUGUCCAUAUCUUUCGAUAUGAGGGCUCCCGGUGUGGUUUUUGGCCUAACAUUGACCCUGUUCGCUUGUGUACCAUUUGUACUUCCUUGUGCUUUGCAGGAUCAUGGAAGCCUACCUCGACCAGCUGAGCAUCACCCAGCGCCAUCUGCUGCGGAACCUUCGUAACCGCACCAUUGCCGAGCACCUGCACCUCGAUUUUGAGGUGUUCGAGGCGCUUCAUGCCAGGCCGCAGAUGGAGGCCGUGGUUCGCCCCUAUGGUUGGAGGCGCCUUCUCACCCUCGCCGAGCCGACCUACCAGGAGCUUGUUUGGGAGUUCUACGCUUCCUUCCACCAUUCCUCGAAGGGGUCCGCCGACCAUGCUGAUGCGGUUCAAUUCACACUCGGCGAGGUGGAGUACUCCCUCAGCUACUGGGAGUUCGCCAAUGCACUUAGGCUCAACUCCCCGCACUCUAGCGACCGGCCCCUACGCUUGGACCUCUCUGAUCCCACCGACUUUGCUUCCUAGGCUUACUUCCAGCGAAUCUGCCUGCCGAACAAUGUGGAUGAACAGUACGUUGCCAGCCAGACGCGGGCCUCUCUCCUCCGUCCGGAGUGGCGGAUCCUCAACCACUUGCUCACCCAGUCCUACACACCCAGCAAAGGCUCAUCCAACCAGGUCACACUCCGGACACUCUGGUUCAUGCAUGCGAUGGGUCGUUCUGAGGACACCAUCCAGCUGGAGCCAAAACACGGGACAUUCGGUCGAGCUAGAGCCAAAACACGGGCAAGCCUAAAUCAAAGCACGGUCGUGUU